AUCUCUUUCACUUAAAUUCAUCAACUCAAUCAAGAAAACCAGAACCAUGGCAUCAAAAACACAAGCAUUGGCCACAUUUAUGUUAUUAUCCUCCGUUUUGACAUUCUCCUGGUCACGAGCCGAAGGUGGUGGUGGCAUUGCCGUGUACUGGGGCCAAGAUAGUCGUGAAGGUGAUUUGAGUGUGGCAUGCGACACUGGUAAGUAUGCCAUAGUGCUCCUCGCUUUCCUCAACACUUUCGGCGCAGGAAGAACCCCAGCUUGGAACUUCGCUGGCCACUGUGACAAUGGUGCCUUGAAAAAGUGCACCGAAUUAGAAUCCGAAAUCAAAUACUGCCAGGGUAAAGGCAUCAAAGUGCUGCUUUCCAUAGGAGGAGCGAAAGACUAUUCAAACUACUCGCUGAGCUCCGCGGAGGACGCAAAGAGCGUGGCGAACUACCUCUACAGCAACUUCCUCAGCGGCCAAUGGGGUCCACUCGGAAGCGUCACAUUGGACGGAAUCGAUUUCGACAUCGAAGUCACAGAAGACCACUGGGACGACCUCGCCAGAGAACUCGACUACUUCCGCCAAACCACGGGGACCUACUUCUACCUCUCCGCAGCGCCUCAGUGCCCCAUCCCAGUCUACUAUCUCGGCAAGGCCAUCGCCACCAAGCUCUUCGACUACGUCUUCGUUCAGUUCUACAACAACCCCGACUGCGCCUAUGAUGCUAUUAUUAUGCCGCUGCGUGCGUGUUUCAUCGCAUGUUAUGUACAUCCGAGACGCCCGAGUAAGGAGAUCGGAGAGAAGGAACUCGACCUAUUGAUCGACCUCACACAGCCUCGGUUGGCCUCUGCGGAGAAGAUGACUUAUUCGAGUUCGGGAGACGACCUGAUUCGUGUAAGUACAUUUGGCGCUAGAAGGAGGGCCUGGUAAAACUUUUCUUCCUUCACCCUUAUGGUUUCGACCCGAAGUCAGACCAACAGAGCAACGAGUAUACCACAACCACAUUCAAGCAUGCCAAACAUGGAAGACAACCCAGCCUUGCGAAGGUUAUUUGAACAGAUCGAAUUGAUGCAACGACAACAUGCGGCGGAGAUGGAAAAUCUUCGUAAACAGCACGAAGUCGACUUGCAACAGUUACGUGUCGAACAGGCUGCAUUCCGAGCCCAAUGGCAACAACAUCAACAACCACCUCACACACAUCAUGCUAGCCAUGUUCCUCCCACCGCGGGCGAGCAUGAGUCUUCUCCUGAUCCCACAUACCCGCCAGAACCUGCACGAACACACCGAUCUGUACAUACUCAUAUCAGCCAUCCUGAUCACGAUUCCACUCGACGACAUCCUUUCGUCGAUGGAAUUAUGGAAGUUCCUCUUCCCCCUGCUUGGAAGCCGUUAAACAUUGACAGAUACGACGGAGCCACUGACCCUGACGAGCACAUUGACGCAUACGUGACUCAGAUUAACCUUUACACAAACGAUGAUGCCAUCAUGUGUCGCGUAUUUCCAACAUCACUCAAGGGAGCCGCUCUUAGUUGGUACACGCAAUUACCACCCAGAUCGGUAGACAGCUUUGAUACUUUGGUCCGCCUCUUCUCUGCCCAAUAUGCCACUAGCAGGCCUCAUCACAUCACCUAUGCGGCGUUAUCUAACUUGCGGCAACAAGAUGAUGAAUCCCUCAGGCAUUUUAUGGAGCAUUUUAUGGAGCGUUUCGCCAACGUCUCCAUCAAAAUCUGAAAUCUGAACCCCGAAGUUGCUCUCCACUCCAUGCUGAUGGUGUUCAAACCUGGACCCUUUGUUGACAGCCUGUGCCGACACCAACCAACAAGUAUGGACGAACUGAGAGCACGCGCCGCCAGAUACAUACAAAUGGAAGAACACGCGGAAUUUCGUAACACUAUCCGAGAUGGUCUCACUCUCAAGGGAGAAUUCAGUAACAGGGAGAAGCAAAAACAUCACUUCGAUCAAAGAUCAAAAAGACCUCGUCAAACACGAGGCCCCUGGUAUGAUUUUUAUACACCCCUUAAUGCUCCUCGAGUCAAUAUUUUGGAGGAAGCUAACCACGCAGAUCUGAUCUCCCUGCCCCCUCCGGCCUACAACUCGGCCAAUGCCGACAAGAGCAAACACUACCGAUAUCACAGAAAUCAUGGGCACACAACGGAGGAGUGUUGGAGCCUAAAAGAUAAAAUCGAAGAAUUGAUUCAAGCUGGUCACCUUGGGCAAUACAUCCAACGAGUUCAAGCUUCUCGCGGAGGCUUCCGAGGAUGCGGUAGAGGACGAGGUCGGUAUCCAAAUCGAUAUCAAGGAUGACACCAAGGUCACCAAGGUCACCAAGAGCAUGGCAACUACCAACACGCACCUGCGCGUGAAGAAAAUAAACCCAGUGCAAACAGUGCCGAUCCACAACACGGAGAUAAAGCCUCUACCGAAAACAACUUGCAUGGGAUCAUUAAUACCAUUUCCGGGGGUUUCGCCGGAGGAGAAAGUUCUAACUCCGCCAGGAAGCGGUAUUUACGCAAUGUUCAUAACAUCAACAAUCCCCACAACUUGGACCCCAAAAUGAACCCAUCAACUCCUCCCAUCGUUUUCAAUGAUGACGAUUAUGCAGACAUAAGCCUCAACCAAGAUGACCCCAUGGUCAUCUCGGUCGAGGUGGCUAACUGGGAAGUUCAGAAAACCCUGAUUGACCAGGGGAGCUCUGCCGAUGUGCUUUAUUGGCCAACCUUCUUGAAGCUCGACAUCCCCCAUACCAUGAUCCAACCAUAUUCCGAACCUCUUGUGGGGUUCGCAGGUGAGCGAGUUCAUACUCGUGGUUUCGUUGAGCUAUUAACCUCUUUUGGUACAGCCCAAACUUCCAGAAGAGUAUUGGUGAAGUACUUGUUGGUUGACGCUGCCACUUCUUACAACAUCCUUAUCGGAAGACCAACAUUGAAUCAGUUGGGAGCAGUCGUAUCAACACCUCAUCUAACUAUGAAGUUCCCGGGCACAGAUGGACGCAUUAUAGCUGUAAAAGCUAAUCAACAGAUAACAAGGCAAUGUUACGCUCAAAGCUUGAAGAUUGCACCCUUAAAGAUUGCACCAACCAAUCAACCUGAGGUCCCAAGUUCCUCUGUCGUGGCACACCUCGGGACAUGACCGCCGUCCUGACCCUGUGGAUGAAUUAAUCAAAUUCCAGAUUGGUAAAAAGCCAAACCAGUGCACCAAGAUUGGGAAGCACAUUGACACUGAAGUUCAAGGUAAAAUCAUGUCAAUACUUAUUGAAAACGCUAAUCUUUUUGCAUGGAGUAGUGCAGAUAUGCCAGGAAUCGAUCCCAACUUCAUUUUCCACAAAUUAGCCAUUCACAGGGAGGCAAAGCCUAUAUCUCAGAAACAAAGAAAAAUUGGAGGCGAAAGACGAGAAGCCGUCAAGGUCGAGACACAGAAACUUUUUAGUGCAGGCUUUAUCUGAGAAAUUAACUACACCACUUGGUUAGCCAAUGUGGUGAUGGUUAAAAAAUCCAAUGGCAAAUGGCGCAUGUGUGUUGACUACACGAACUUAAAUAAAGCUUGCCCCAAGGAUGCUUAUCCACUUCCCAGCAUUGAUAGAUUGGUCGAUGGAGCUUCAGGGUAUGCCAUGCUCAGUUUCCUAGACGCCUAUUCAGGCUAUAACCAAAUAUUGAUGUACCCUCCCGAUGAAGAACACACUGCUUUCAUCACAGAACAAGCCAAUUACUGUUACCACGUCAUGCCCUUUGGACUCAAGAAUGCAGGAGCCACUUAUCAAAGACUCAUGGACAAGGUCUUUGCCACUCAGAUCGGUCGUAACCUUGAAGUGUAUGUUGACUAUAUGGUUAUCAAGACGACAUCUGUUGUGCAUCAUAUCGAAGAUCUUGCAUAAAUUUUUGGGCAAAUACGAAAACAUAACAUGAGGUUAAACCUAGACAAACCUGUCUUUGGAGUUCAAGGAGGCAAAUUCUUAGGCUUUAUGAUCACUUGCCGAGGAAUUGAAGCAAACCCUGACAAGUGCCAAGCUCUAAUAAACAUGAGAAGCCCCAAGAAUCACAAAGAGGUACAGAGGUUGGUAGGCCAACUUGCUUCAUUAUCUCGGUUCAUUCCCAAGCUGGCGGAGAAGGCCAAGCCAAUCUUCAAUUUACUCAAGAAGCCAAAAGAAUUCUGUUGGAGUGACCAAUGUGAACAAGCUUUUACCAACUUCAAGCAGUUCCUGUCGAGUCCACCCAUCUUGUCAAAACCAAACGGCCAUGCUGAUCUCUUGUUAUAUCUUGCAGUAGCUGAUAACGCUCUUAGUGCCGCACUUGUACAGGAAAACGACAAAAAGUAGACUCCUAUUUAUUUUAUCAGCCGAGUACUACAAGACACCGAGAGAAGGUAUCAGACAAUAGAGAAACUGGUUUUGGCAUUGGUAGUCGCAUCUCGCCGACUUCGCCCAUAUUUCCAAGGUCAUCAGAUUGUUGUGAAGUCGGAUUACCCGAUCAAGCAAAUACUCAGAAAACCCAACUUGGUCGGACGGAUGAUAGCUUGGUCAGUCGAGCUGUCCGAGUACGGUAUCAAGUAUGAAAGUCGAGGAUCACUAAAAGCCCAAUGUCUGGCUGAUUUUAUUGUUGAGCUCACCCCUGUUCCACCUAUGGAUACACAAAUCUGGACGUUGCAUGUAGAUGGAUCCUCCAAUGUGAAAGGCAGUGGUGCUGACAUUAUUCUUGAAGGUCCAAACGACGUGAUGCUUGAACUUGCCAUCAAAUUUGACUUCAAAGCCACCAAUAACCAAGCCGAAUACGAAAAUUUGUUAACAGGUUUAACACUGGCAAAGGACCUUGGUGUUAGGAAACUCAAGUGUUGCAGUGAUUCCAAGCUAAUCACAGAGCAAGUUGGAGGACCUUAUCAAACCAAAGAACCCCAACUGCAAAGGUAUAAUCUUAUGAUUUCUCAUCUAACAUCUUUCUUCGAUGUUUUUCAAAAUAGAGCACAUCCCAAGAGCACAGAAUGCAAGGGCCGACCUGUUAUCAAAACUUGCCAGCACUACCAGGCCAACAUCGGACGAUCAUCCAAGAAACAAUAACGGCCCCUAGUUGCCAAGCCACAUCAAUCUUUGACAACAGUUCUUAUCAGCAAGGUUGGAUGGCCUAUAUUUGGAGAAACCUUAAGCAUGGCAUCUUACCAGAUAGCAAAGUGGAAGCUUCCAAAGUCCAAAACAAGUCAUGUCACUUCACCAUCGAAGCCGACGAGCUGUUCAAACGAGGUUUCUCCAUGCCUCUCCUCAAAUGCUUAGACGCAGAUCAAGCCAAAUAUGUGAUGGACGAGAUCCAUCGAGGUAUCUAUGGUAUGCACUCCGGAGCUCGGUCCAUGGCUGCCAGAGUUACCCGAGCUGGAUACUACUGGCCAACUAUGAGAUUGGACUGCAAGUCAUAUGUGCAGAAAUGUAAAGCCUGUCAAGAGUUCGACAAUCUACACCGGUUACCUCCGACAACUCUACACUCGAUGCAGUCAGCAUGGCCCUUUGCUUGGUGGGGGAUGGAUAUUCUUGGUCCUUUUCCGGUAGCCAAAUGUCAACUAAAAUUCCUAUUAGUUGCCAUUAACUACUUGACAAAAUGGAUUGAAGCUGAAGCCCUAGCCAAGAUCACUGCAGCCAAUGUCCAAAGAUUUACAUGGAAAAAAAUCAUCUGCAGAUAUGGCCUACCUCAAGCAAUCACAACAGAUAAUGGCAAGCAAUUUGUGGACAAAUAUUAUGAACAAUUUUUGAUGCAACUUGGGAUCAAUCAAAAAGUCACCUCGGUAGAACACCCACAAACAAAUGGCCAAGCUGAAGCAGCGAAUAAGGUGAUUCUUCGAGAACUUAAGAAAAGGCUGGGAUCGUCAAAGGGAGAAUGGGUUGAAGAAUUACCUAGUGUUUUGUGGGCAUACCAUUGCACACCGCAAACCACCACCCAAGAAACUCCUUAUAGGCUAACCUAUGGCUCAGACGCAAUGAUACCUGUUGAAGUUGGGGAACCAAGUCACAGAAGAUUGACAUUUGACGAAUCUCAGAAUAAGACGCAAUUGAACAUAAACCUCGACUUAAUUGAGGAGACAAGGGAGUGUGCUAGGGUGUAAGAAGAAGCAUGUAAGCUCCGAGUUGCGAGACGGUAUAAUUCCAAGCUCAAACCCAAAUGUUUCCAUGAAGGAGACCUCGUCUGGCGAGCUACAGGUGAUGCUAGAAAAGAUACAUCAGCAGACAAAUUUGCAGCUAAUUGGGAAGGUCCCUUUCGUAUAUUGGAAUGCCUACAAAACGGAGCAUAUAGGCUAACAGAGCUCGGUGGCAAAGUUCUUCCCAGAACUUGGAAUGCCACUCAUUUGAAGUUUUAUUUUAGUUAAACACAUGUACACCCAGGUAUUGUACUCUUUUUCCUACUUCAGUCUUUUUUCCCAAAUAAAAAAAAGGGUUUUGGCUGAAGAGGUUUUAAUGAGGCAUGCCUGAGGUAAACUGAAGAGAUGUAAUUGGUUCAUAAGUUUAUAUCAUAUAUACUCUCUUCUCGUA